AGAGAGAAAAAAAAAAGCAGCAACCUCCCAAAAUAAAGAGCAAAGAUUGCAUUAGGAGCGAACAGCGCUGCAGAAAUAGAUGGCAGCUUCGUGUCAGUGAGUUUGCAUCCCCCUUCCUGGUCCACGCGCUGGAGCGAUCAGAGCCCUGGAAGGGAAUUGUUACUCCCGUGGAGAAGUCCCCUCUUCCUGGCAGCCGUCUGCACUGUACACGCUGGAUGCCUCUCUCCAUCCACCCCGCUCACUCUCUCCUCUCUCACCUCCUCUCUCCCUCUCUUCUGCAUUGAUUUUUUUUUUUUCUCUCCUUCCUUCCUCCUCCUUUUUAGUUGACUGAAACAAAACAAAACAAAAGGGCCACUGGAUGUCUGCCUUCUUGGGGGGUGAGCCAGACAGACUGACAAACAAACAGACCCAACUGUGUUCCGGGGAGGGUUUCUCCUCCCGCUUUGCCCGGCAGCAGCAGCAUGGACGUGUUGGCUAGUUAUAGUAUAUUCCAGGAGCUACAACUUGUCCACGACACCGGCUACUUCUCAGCUUUGCCAUCCCUGGAGGAGACCUGGCAGCAGACAUGCCUUGAAUUGGAACGCUACCUACAGACGGAGCCCAGGAGGAUCUCGGAGACCUUUGGUGAGGACUUGGACUGCUUCCUGCGGGCAUCCCCUCCCCCGUGCAUUGAGGAGAGCUUCCGGCGCUUAGACCCCCUGCUGCUGCCCGUGGAAGCGGCCAUCUGCGAGAAGAGCUCGGCAGUGGACAUUCUGCUCUCUCGGGACAAGUUGCUCUCGGAGACCUGCCUCAGUCUCCAGCCAACCAGCUCUUCUCUGGACAGCUACACAGCCGUCAACCAGGCCCAGCUCAACGCAGUGACCUCAUUAACGCCCCCCUCGUCCCCCGAGCUCAGCCGCCAUCUGGUCAAAACCUCACAGACUCUCUCAGCCGUGGAUGGCACAGUGACGUUGAAACUGGUGGCCAAGAAGGCUGCGCUCGGCUCAGUGAAGGUGGGAGGGGUGGCGACGGCGGCGGCAGCCGUGGCGGCAGCUGGGACAGUUAAGAGUGGACAGAGCGACAGUGAACAAGGAGGGGUCGGGGCCGAGGCAUGCCCCGAAAACAAGAAGAGGGUUCACCGCUGUCAGUUUAACGGGUGCCGGAAAGUUUAUACAAAAAGCUCCCACUUAAAGGCCCACCAGAGGACUCACACAGGUAGUGAGAAGCCUUACAAGUGCUCAUGGGAAGGGUGUGAGUGGCGUUUUGCACGAAGCGAUGAGCUCACGAGGCACUACAGGAAACACACAGGUGCAAAGCCCUUCAAAUGCAACCACUGCGACAGGUGUUUUUCCAGGUCGGACCAUCUUGCCCUCCACAUGAAGAGACAUAUCUAAAAAAACCUAAAGGCCAGAGUUGCCAUGAUGUCGGCCAUUGUCUGAAGGAAACGCCAUGAGGCAGGGGGCUGGACUUCAGGCGGGGACCCAUUGCCUCGCAGAAGAAAGUUCUCACUUCUACACCUCUGUGUACACACACACACACACACAGUCACACACUUACACACAUGCUGUCACGCACAGACCCCCCCAAACACUCACUAUCAUGCACCCAGCUAUAUUUAAAAUAUAUACGGCUAUUCUUCAUGCCUUGCCCUAGCCAGAUGAUAGAAGACGAAGAAGAAGGAGACCAGGUGAACUCAGCAAGGCAGACUGGCUGCUCACGUCAGCACUAUUGGAAUUAUUUCCCGCUGUGGCCAAUGGAAAUCAAAGCAAAUGGAUGUGACGUUUCUGCAGGUGGACAGCCGUAAGAGGGGCUUAUCUCUAACUUGCUUCUCCGUGCAACUUGAUAGGAGAACACAACGUCUUAAAGUUGCAUAUGUGUAGCACUGUUCCUUUCUAAAUAGUUGGGGGAAAAUGACCUAGAAAACCAAAUUGCAGUUUGGUAGCCAAAAUUAACUCUUGGUUUAUUUGUCCUUUGUGUGUGAAAAGUCCUACUAUUCCGUGCGUCCGACUUCCUCAAAGAACUGUUGAUCGGUUUUGGUUCUUAGCACCACUGAGAUCUUUCCAGUCGAUACCAACGGCCUUAGCGGCGACAGACUCUGGAAUACACCUUACACCUUUCUGGCCUGCAUUUCUCUAGACUUCACUCUUAAGGGAGGAGUUUUCUUUUCUUACUUUUUGACUCUUGCACACCAUAUGCACUAGGGAUUCUGGAAACUUCUAGCAUGACUGCAAAGUGGCCAAGAGAAUAAAGUCCUGAUGAUAAAUCACAGCCUAUCCCUUGAGCCUCACCUAUUGCCAGUGCUAGAUUUUUUUCUUUUUAAUCUCUGUUUUUGCUAACGAAAACUUGAAAAGCUUAUUUGGAAGCUUAAAUGUUUUAUCUUUUCUCCAUGGACUAAACCUCACCAGGACUCUCUCAGCACCUGGAUGUCCAGCUCUCAAAGCAGCCAAUCAGAUGGGACAUCACAGUUCUCUCAUCCCCUUGAGGCAUCAUGACCUCAGCUCAUAGUGGUCAACCCCGUGCUGUGUGUCAUUGCUGCCCUGUACCCAGUUUCAGCAUAGAUGUUGCUAGUCUCAAAGGGCAGCUGCAUAUUGAACCUAACUCUGGGUUAUGACCUGACAAAAAGCCAAAAAUAUCACUCUUUCCAGGAGUGGGGAAAGUGGAAGAUGCCUCCCAAGUCUAGUGACUUCAAAAACAUCAUCUAUCUUCCUCUCUCAUGCCCACUGAGCUCAUGUUACUCCACUUGUUAAAACACACAAUUCAAAAAUGCCAUUGUGGGAAUGAAGGGUGGACAUUUAAGGAAAGGGUUGAGAUGUUUCUCUAACCGUCUGUCGAAAAGGAGAGACAUAUUUCUAAUUUAUUUUCUGGCCAGGCCCUUCAUGACUUGUGACCUAGAGCACCCAGGAUCAACAGAGGCCUCACGUUUACUCUGCAAACUGACUCCGAAGGGGUUACGUUCCUUCCUUUUCGUCCCCCACACACAUCCAAUAUCGGUCUCUAUCUACCCGCAUUCUUAGCUAGCUGGCACUGGCCUCAACUCCAAAGACUGCCUUUAGGACCAUUACAUGGCCUAUGCAAGCAAGCGGGGUGGUUAUUAGGACAGAUUGUAUAUUUUGUAUAUUCUGGGACCAUCCCUUCAAGACACGUCUAAAAAAACAAAAAUGGCACUUGGUCCACACAUGGUUGCUGCUCCUUCAUACCAGCUGGCUCCCCCCGCCCUCCUUUGACUGUUUGACUCAUUGACUGUUAAAAUGCCACCCCAUACCUAUUUGGGAUGCAAAACUGAAGUCUUUAAAAGGAAAUAAUAAUAUAAGAAACACAAAUACAUUUAUGACAGCAACCUUCAAGAUCCUUGGCAUUUGGUUUCUCAGCUUUCUGCAACCUUUGAUUUCACUGAAAUGUUGAAUCUACUCAUCUGAGGGUAAAGGAGCCUCCUUGUCACAGAUGUUGUAGCUGCCAAUUGGACACAUGGGGCAUUCUGAGGUCUGGCCCUUAAACUUUACUUUCUCCUUUUCCUUUUUUCAAUUUAGACCAAAAAACAAAAAAGAAAAAAGAAAUAAAAACCCACAACAAAAUAAUGACAAUAAAAAAAAAAAACACCCUAAAACACACACACACACAAAAUCUGCCCAUUUGCCAGAGGCAAUUAUGUAUAUGUUAGUUGAAGGGUAUUUUUAAAAAAUCAGUUUUAUUCCAAAGAUUUAAAACUAGACAUGACUUAGAAACAAUUUCUGGAGCACUGCUUGCUGACAAUCUCGUAGUUCUCUACUGCAUUUGAGUGCAUUUUGUGGCCAGUCCAUCGGGGCGUGCCAUGGGGUUAUAUUUGAAUGUGUGGUGCAUCCUUUCUGGGUGAAGGAUGUGGGGGGGGGGACCUUGAACCUCGGCUGUAUUAAACUGUAGCGCCUCCAGUCAGUGCACUAGAUGAAACUUUAGACACCCCAGAUUGUGUUGGUUCACUGGUCUCCCUUCCCAUAGUAGCCUCUAGCAGGAAUGCGCGCGCGCGCGCGCACACACACACACACACACACACACACACACACACACACACUGGUGAUGGCGUUGGCCGUGGCUGCCACCAUUUACAAAUGUUCUCUCCCCAGCGGGAGCUGUUCUGGCCUCUCGAAAUGCUAUUACUAAGGGUUUAGAAUAUUUUAUUUAAUUUUUGAACCGGCCAAUGCAAGGCUCUAUUAAAAAGAAAGUUAAAGAAUGCAAGAGAGUAAUCAUUGCUUGUUUGCUCCCUGUUGUCAUCAGCGGUCUGGAAAAGACCUUAUUUGAAUGUGGCGGAACAAAGGCCCUUUGGUCCUCAUCAGUGUCUGAACUGUUCUGGAAUUCCUCUCUCUCUCUCUUGUAUCAGUGAGGUCCUUUGUAAUCUGCCCCUGACCUUUCUCAGAGCAGGGGGCGCUGACCCGUGAUGGUCGGGCUUGCUUUGCUUCAGAGUCAUCUGUUGAGUGUGAGAAUUGGCCUGAGAAUUUGGUGGGUGCUAAGGGUAUGGCUUGGAAACUGUUCUCUAGCGGAAUUGACACCUAUGAACGAUAACCAGUCCUAUCCACGGGAGCGGGGGUACAGCCCCUAUCAUUUGGAAGCUGAUUUGUGAUACAAUGCCCAUCAUCUCCAGAAUGGCAGAGAUGGUUGGUAAGAGCCUGCUGGAGUGAGCAGGCUUCCCAAGAAAUGGCCUGAAAAUGUUUUGCUCCCGAAAGGACAGGUUGUUUAAAACAGUGCUUGGAUGGACAUUUGAAACACAUCCAACUGCUUUCUCACUUCCAUUGUUACCUCCUGACAUUCCAGGGGAUCCCAGAUUGGAAAGGAGAAACCUGGCGAGGUGUUUCUUGUGAUUGUCCCUCGAGCACACUUAAUCCAGGGUUCAGAGUUCGAUGUAGAGAACAGGAGUGUUUCUAAGCCACUGACAAUUUUGACAGUUUUCUUUAGUUCAAGUUGUGCUUCUGUCUCCUACCACCCGGCUGUAAGUCAAAGACGUGGAAACCUGAAAUGAUAUGCUGCUCCUAGCUACUGGCCUCCUGCCCCACUAACGGUUAAUCUGCCCAACUUAACGCCUGGUGGUGAUGACUAUUGCGUUCGGAUGUUCGGAUUCCAUGACAAAGCUGCAUUUUUAUAAAGAGAUCGGAGACCCCAAAAUGAACUUCGUGCUGACCAUUUCCUUCUCCUCUCUACGUGCUUUCCCUUGCAAAGCCCUUCAAAUCCCCACCUUCUCCCCUCCUGCACCUCUUGUGCCCUUUUUACAUCUUUGAUCGCCUGAUUCUAACAGGGUAAAAAGACAGCCAACCUCACGCACGAUAGCAGAACUGAUUCCUAUGUUUUAAAAAAAUCUUCUUUGAAUCUAGAAGCCAGAGAAGAUUUUUUUAAGGACUUUAGUUUGGGAUAAACUUCCAGAUGAGCCAUGUCUGUUUGCAUCAGAGGGGACAUGGGACUUUCAGGGCGACUCACCCAGGGCCCGCAAGCAUUCUGCCCCACUCCUGAAUUCUUUGGCAAAGUAAAAAACAAACAAACAA